UCAUUGUCGUUCGUUUAUCCAUUUGGCGCAACUCUGACGGUGAAUCGGCUAUCAACAGCCGUAUUAUCAACCGGAAGUGCGUGCUAUCCAAUCAAUCGACCAAUAUGUGCUUUCCAUAACUUACAGGAUCCUGGCGGUAAACUCGUCGUUGUGGGUUCAGUGCAAAUGUUCUGCGAUCAGUAUCUGGAGAAGGAAGAAAAUGCUAAAAUAUGGGAUGUUAUUCUCAAAUACCUCACCGAAGGUAUUGUGCUCAAUCAAUUGGACAGCAAUGAACCCGACCUGGCGGAUGCCCAUCCAAUACCUGAUCAUAUUUACCUAUCAGAGCAAGUUAAAGUUUGCUUACAAGAGGGUGAUUUCGAGGUUGUUCAAAGUAGUGACUUCAUGAAAUUGUUCGAUACAACUUUACACACAAUGGACUUGUCCAUAUGGCCGAAAACCAUCAAAGCUUAUGAAGAAAUCGGACUCAAACACGAGCCUCUGACACUAAUCACGCCACAUUUCGAGGUUCCCUUGCCGCCACUUCAGCCAGCCGUCUUCCCACCGAACUUUCGCGAGCUACCACCACCACAACUUGAGCUGUUCGAUUUGGAUGAGAUGUUCUCAUCAACGGACGUUCGUCUGGCACAAUUGGCGAAUAAAUGUCAGUCUUUGAGUUCAUGCUUGAUAUAA